AUGGAAAACAACGUCGUAAACCGUACUUUCGCAGGCAAGUCCGAGAAGAUCGCAGAGCAGUAUGAGCGCUUCCAUAGCCAGGCCACAGCCAAAGUAGACGUAGCCGCGUACUACGACCGUACCGAGGGUCACGUAUUUCUCGACGAGCCCAAGUGGAUCAAGGCCAAAACACCGUUCACAGCAUGGACCGGGAACGUGCUCGCCUCGAGUGAGAAUGCACUGAUCAUUGGUAACCACUCCUCGUUCGCCAAGGUGCAGUACCCAGGCAACGAAGGACGGGCCGGCAUGUCGAUGAUCCACAUUCUCGGGAUCCCCAAGGAGAACUUAUUCAACGGCGUAUCUCUAGACCGUAGCAACGUACACAUCAUCGACGAGAUGAUCGCCUGCUUCCAGUCGAACUGGGCGUCGCCCGAAUUCCGUAGUGCAAUCCUAAAGCACCAGGAGCAGGCCAUCGAACGUAGCAAGGAUGAGAAAAACCCGGCCACGUACUUGAAAGCCAUGGUACAUUACCAGGAGCUGCAGCGUCGGAUUGAUAGCUUGACCGUGGAUGACUUCACUUUCGGUCUGCACUUGUGGCCCGACCACAGUGUUGGUCAUCUACACAUGCAUAUCAUCGCCACGCCUCCUUGGUGCCGCCAGUACAGUACCUUCGUUCAUGACGACAAGACCAAGGACGCUCUUGAGGUCCGCGACUAUAUCCUCAGCCGUCAGUAG